AUGGCGGCCGUUCGAGGCUUUAGAAAGUUUCUGAUGUCAAAUUUAUUGCCUUUUCCAAGGACAAUUCAUCAGUUAGGAACCGCCAAAUCAAGUAAUACACUACAGAGAUGUUGCAGAUCUGCCUCUACGUUCUCAUUUGUACCGGAUUCACCUUCACCUCUCCAUGGUUAGUUAACACUCAUAGUUUCCAGAUACAAAGCAACUACAGAAUACAGGGCCAUAUUUUCAGGUCUUAAACAGAAGUGGCUCGGUGGCUCGCUAGUGUUUAAAGAACGAGAAAGAUAUAAGACAUAUAAGUAUAAGACAGACAUAGAAGGCAUAUACUUUAGUAUGUAUUAUGGCAGAUUAUAGGUAUAUAUUUUAGUGGCUCGACGGCUCGGUGGCUCGUUAGUCGGGACUACCGAGCCACCGAGCCACCCCAACGAAUAUACCUAGAAAAUUUGCCCUGUAUUCUGUAGUUAAGCCCAACAUGCAUUUAAGUCUCAAACGUGAUCUCUAACCCUAACUUUCUCGUGACAGCAUCAAUACGUAUAAAUACAGCAUUUUUUAAAUUUGUUAUGGGAAUUGAUAAAAUUCCGUGAUCGUUUACCAAAUUCUCUCAACUAAUUCUUAAAGGAAGUGCAUGGAUAUCAGUCCAGAGAAUUCGUAUGUGGAUAUUGAGGCUUAAUAAUGAAUAAUAAUUUCAAACCUCUCUUUUUUAGGAGAAACUGAAAAGAUGAACUUGUUUCAGUCACUGACCAGUGCUAUGGAUCUUAUUCUGGAGUCUGACUCAUCUGCAGGUAAUUCUCAAUUUCUAUUUCACUUAUUAACAUAUAGAGUGUUUUCACAUGACGUCACGGCGGCCAUAUUGGUGUCCCAAAACAAUGAAACGGUGGCCAUGUUUCCCAAAUCAGUCCUCUGGGAGUUGAACUCUUUUCUUAUGCAGACGCUUUCUUUUGUUCCAAUAAAUUUGCAUAUAUGCUGGCCACGUGAGUGAAAAUACUCUAUAGAUUUCAUUUUUCUUUGUGUUAAUAAAUGUGGUAAGAACCGAUAUUGGUCAAUUAGCAACCGGCUGAUGUAUUGUUGAUGAAGUUUGAUGUCAGGCUGCUGUCCUAAAAAUGGUAAAUAAGACAGACACAUUAAACAUCUGGCAGUGUUUACGUCUUCUGUUAAGCAUAUUAUUCAGUUGCACUUAACAAACAACUUUAAUAUUAAAGUUGUCUCUUUUACAUGAAAUGCAUCAAUCUAAGCGACUUUAAAAUGUCUGGCAUGAUAUGGCCGAUGUCAUUUGUUUAUUGAAAGAUAUUAGAUUCUGUUCACUGUUUUGUGUUAACAAAAAUGGUAUUUUCCCCUUCUAGUGAUAUUUGGAGAGGAUGUUGCCUUUGGUGGAGUAUUUAGAUGUACUGUUGGACUAAAAGACAAGUAUGGUUAGUAUACAUCAGGUGAUAAUGGGCAAUUCCAGAAAAUAUCCAUACCCAACCACGGACGGCUUCCAUGUUUUAACCCCCCCUUGCCUUCGGAAAUUCCAAAAUGCGCUACCCCCCCAUGCACUCAGAAUUCCAUAGUCGUGAACCCCCCCUCCCCUUCAGAAUUUCCGGUUUUUUUUGGAAGUACAUUUUCGACUUAGCAACGCCUAUAAGAACAAACGAACAUGAAUUUAUGCCUCCUCAAGGCUGUGAUCUAGCGGCGCCAGGUGACAAGCUUUACUCUUCAGUGACAAGAAAAACCUACGCUAGUUGCCAGGCCGUGCAAACUCCUUUUUAAGUCCGAAUUUGGCUAUAAAAAUAAACACCACUUAAGGUAAUUUUACUCCUCUUUGUUUUCUUGUGCUGUUUUGACGUUUACAAAGGAAAAUAGCUCAAACAGGCUGUUAAAAUCUUUUGGCGGUCAAAUAUACCGUCGAGUCGUGUUGCGUCCUUUUAUACGUCAUGUAGUGUGCACGAAAAGCGUUCUAAUCUGACAGGCGUUUCUUGGAAGUGAGGGACUCGUGCGAGUUUUUUACUAGGGAGCUUAAGCAACAACGUUUUUGAGCGACGCACGUCAACCGGAAGUGGCCUUUUUUCAUUUUUUGACGGUGGUUUCGCGCAAAUUUUCAGUCAAAUCACCUCUAUAACAGUAAAGAAGCUAAGGAAUACAAAUUUUACAUCAUCAAGGCAUGUUAAGAGGGAAAAUACCUCACUUCCGGUUGACGUGCGUCGCUCAAAAACGUUGCUGCUUAAGCUCCCUACUGUUUAUCGGAUGGGAGUAACAAGAAAUUUGCAAGCGGUAUUAAAAGAUACAUUUUCAGUUUUUAUUCACGUGACAAGAAAUUCAUCAAGGUAAAUGUGAAACCAACGUUUUACUGUUCACUUCUAUAAGUUAUGAGCGUAAACACUUGUCUGAUCUAUCGAUGCUUGUCUUCUGCUUCCGCGGUCAUACGUUCGUGGUUUAUUUACGAACUACAAAAGUCCACAACAAUAGCGUUUUCCAGGAACUUACUCUACACUUUCUACUCCAGAAAUCCCACCUGUGGAAUUCCCCCAUACCUUCGGAUUUCAAAUCGUAAAUACCCUCCCAUGCCUUCAGAAUUCCAUAAUCGUGAAUCCCCCCUCCCCUUCGGAAAUCCUUAAAGCCGUCCGUGGUAUGGUAUGGAUAUUUUCUGGAAUCGCCCAAUGUGUGGUUCCAGGUAAUAUCCAUACUCCCCCCACAGAAGGCAUUGGAAAUUCCUGGGGGGUGGGGGGUUCUCAAAGGCCCAAAAAUUUAAGUAAAUGUAUGAAACUUGACUGGAAUUUCCAGGAUGUUGUGGGCGUCUAAGGAAAAAUCGUUUCCAUGGGGGAGGUAUGGAUAAUUUUUGGAACCACACAAUAUAGAUACAUGUAGACUCAAUAUCUUUAUUGUGGUCCAUGGUCUGGAAAUAAUGGAAUGUGAGAAGAAUUUCCUUGGAAAACAUUUGUAUUUAAUAGAGGAGCAGUGGCCCACAUGGCAUUUUAAAUUGGGUCAUUUCAAAAGUGGUCUCAGUCAAACUACAUGUUUGAUAUUGAAACUUUGAACAACUGACAUCAUCCAAACUAUCACCAAUGGGUUCCUGAAGUUCUGGAGGUUGACUUAUCGAACUGACUUCUCAAGCUUCACUGUCAUCCUUAUCCAGCCUAUCUUCAUGCUUUUCAGGUUCAACUUCCAUUGUCUUUUGUGUAAAAAGUGAACUUAGCUUUUAUUGUUGUCUCACAAUGAAAUGAAAACAAACCAACAACAUCAACAAAUGAAGUGUAAUUGAUCGGCAAAGCAACGAAGUCGAAAGAUAUGCUCCAGUCUCUCCUGGAAUUGUGUGGAAUGCCUGACACAAAAACAACUUGUAAGCACACAAUUCUGAAAUGACAGUCAUUUUGUGCACUCACUUAAGGCCAGUAAGCACCCCCUUUUUUUAAAUUUACUUGUAUUAUCACCUGCUGCUUUGGAAGUACAUGUACUUAUAUAUGAGGUAACUUUUCUUUUUGCGUCAGUAUGACUCCACGAUAAUUUUAUUUUGCGUCAGAAUAUGUAGAAUAUUCCAAUGACACGAAAACAUGGCCUAGAUUGAACAUUUGAGGAGUAACAUAUUUACAUAACAAUUUUGCUUGGAACACAAAACUGAGAAGAAUCAGUGAAAUAAGUAAGGCUUUAAACUGUGCUGUGUAAAGGGUCCAUAAGCAAGCCAUAGUGAGGGCCUAAUAAUGGUGAGUUUACUCCUGUUAAACCUCUGAAAGCUUUGCCAAGCUGUAGAGCUCUGCUGUUUUUAUCAUUGGGAUGUCCGAAAUAGCUUGGUUUAACUCCUUGAAUAAGUGCAAGGCCUACUAAUGUAGUAUCAAAAUCUUAACAGGAUGUGACUAUUGCCGCAAUAAUUAAGAUUGUUUUAACAGCAUGUCGAUCAAGUGUCAGCCGAUCUUAAGUUGGCCAAGUUAAUUGAGAGUUGGUUGAUAGUGUCGAAUGAUAGUCGGCCAAGGGGUACGUACCUAAAGUACACAACAAUUAAUCUCCCAAUCACUAAUAGAAGGGUCCUAUUUAAAGACAGGAUCUCAUAAAACAAAAACUCUAUAAGACUAUUACAUCAUACUUCUUUAAUCACCCUUGAAUGUUCUAUCUACUGUAGGUAAAGACAGAGUGUUUAAUACACCACUCAGUGAACAAGGCAUUGUUGGUUUUGGUAUUGGGAUGGCAGCAGCCGGCGCUACAGCAAUAGCAGAGAUUCAGUUUGCAGAUUACAUCUUCCCUGCCUUUGAUCAAGUAAGUUAAUUUAUGUCAACUUUCCCUCAGUAUGUAACUCUAUUAUAAUACAGUCAACUUUCUCUUAAGAUGGACUCCUAUAAGAUGGACUCCUCAGUAAAACAGACACCUAGAGUUGGUCCCUGCCUUUCUUUACUUUUUUUAUUUGACUCUUUAUAAGAUGGACAUCGCUUAGUGCCAAUCCCAAAGGUGUCCAUCUUAAAGGAACACAGUCAGCUUUCGUUUCAUGCUGACCUGGACAUUACUUCCCCAGUUUGAAAAGCAUUUACCUCAAGCUGAAAUCAAAUGUGCACUUUGGAUACAUCUUGAUCUAGAAAUCCGCUUUAAUCUUGCGUAGUAUAAAAUUCAUUCGAUCCUCGAUUUUUUUCUGAAAACCUCCAUGUGAUCAAACUUUUACUCAUCCUAAAACAUUAUUUCAUCAUAAUAUUUGGUUAAAACACAGUAUCCAAAGGAACAUGCAAAGAGGAGGUGGGAAACGUGUGGGCACUGGGUGGGAGAAAUCACCUUUGUUUACCAAAUAACAAGAGAAAUGAAUCAAUAACAUCGUUAUAUACAUUUGGAAAAUUGAUGGAGAAAGGUUACAUAUAUUUGGAAAAAUCAAGCUGUCAGUGUCUCGACCUUGAUCCUUCGACAAUGAUUAAGACUUUGUGUUUUUUCUCUCCUCUACUGAUUCUUCGAGUUCAUAAGUAUUUGUCAAUGUUUGGACAAGUCCAUCAGUGAAUUCUCAAUGACCUGUAAAACAAUGAGUGCCCUGAUAUGACUUAGAUUCUCACGAUUUUGACUUGCAAUUUCAGCUCCACAUGGUUUAUUUACUAUAGAUAUUCCAGCAUGCAGUUCUCACUUUCUGUUUCACGCGCAUGUCCAGUGAUAUGCAAACCAGCUAAGAAUUAUUGGUAUGUGAUGUGCAUGUCUUUCACCUGACUGUGUCCCUUUAGAGAGAGUUGUCUGUAAAAACCAAUGAAAAUGCCAGGGGAGCUUUCAUUGUGGUGUUUAUGCAAUAAAUAGAACAUGACAUGGCCACUAUAAAUAAAUUUUUUCUUCUUGUGUUGAAAAUACUUUGAACACUUGUUCACAAAUAUUUUUUUGACAUGAGAAGAUAAAUUUCAUAUCUCCAUGUGGCCUAAUAUCCUCUCUUUAAUAUGUACUUUCAUAACUUGAUGCUCAUCUUGUUGUAGCUUGUGAAUGAAGCUGCAAAAUUUAGAUACCGUUCAGGAAAUCUUUUUAACUGUGGCAGCCUCACAGUGCGAGCUCCUUGUGGAGCUGUGGGGCAUGGUGCACAUUAUCAUUCUCAGUCAGUGGAGAGCUACUUUGCUCAUGUACCAGGACUAAAGGUACAGUAACUACUUGUUAUCUUUGGUUAGCAAACAAGUAUAUAUUAACAUCAUUACUAAAGCACCCCCAGUCCUUUGGCAUGGAUUUGGUUAUCUGUGGCCAAAAGUCAUUGUGACUUGUUUUGGGUGAUGUUUUAGAUUUAAGUACAAGUAGUUUUGCCAUUAAUGGGUUAAUUUCUUUAGCAGACCUCAGUCACAUGCAUCAUGUCAGGUAGUGUAUCAUGAAGUCAGUCACUUUACUUUUACAGAAAAAUUUUCUACAUUGUAGAUCAUCAUCAUCAUCUUUAUUCUGUAAAGCAGGUGAGAAAGCAGGUUAUAUUCAGAUAAGGCAACUUGAAGGCUGUAGAUCUAUAUGAUAAUACAAGCAUAGACACAUCAUGUUUAAUCAACCAACAGAAUCAAUUUUCAAAGAAUGAAUUUAUUAGUCUGUUAAUAAUGGGAAUGCUUGGCUGGCUUUGACUGUACAAUGUGAAUCUCUGUUUCCGCAUUUAAGUGAUCAUGUAUUUACUUGAAAGUUAGGGAACUACAGUGAUGAAUGAUGAUCCUCCUUGAACACAGCCUUGCCAGUGGCAUUAUUGUAUAUUAUACUACUACAUGAGAAAUUUCUGCAAUUUGAUUGGCAUAGAGCAGUGGUAUUUCAGCAUAAUUUUAAAUACGUACAAGUGAAAAUAAUAUUAGGGUUUCCAUGGUAACCAAAAUCAUGAAAUAAGGACGUCAGCCAAGUUAAAAAACAUUGGCAGAAAGAUUUCCAGAUUUUCAAGUUGAAGAAAUUCAAGAACUCAACUUGGGAAAUUCAGAAAACCAAAACACUAAGAAAAGUAAAUCAACCUUCCAGCUGGGCUGGAAGUGAGAAUUCUGAAACAAAUUUGCUUGGUUAUGAAGCAAAACAACUAGAUGAAACUAAACAAAAGGUUUCAGUAAAAGGCCUAAUGCUGCAAAAGCGAUGAACUGAUGUGGUCUAAAGGAGUACUUUCAGGCCAUUCUCCUCAGUCACUGAUACAGACCAUGUGGUUCUUGCUCCCCCAGCACUUUGGUUUGAGGGGCUGUCUGGAGUACCACAACAUGUACGUUGAAGAUUUUGCCGUCAGCACCAAUGACAACGGUAUUGAAUACGUGACUUAUGAGGAAACCCCACAAAAACUUGCCAAGGUGGACUUCGCAUGAAACAAAGAGUUGUUCAACCCAAGAUGUUUACUACUGGUAGACAGAGGUGCUUUGUUAAACUUUUCUAAACAUUUCUGGAAUGAAGACCCGACGAAAUGCGAAACAGUGGCUCAUUACCUUGCUGUGAAUGAAUGACCUAAGACCCAAGUGUGGUAUAAGUGACAAAGAAUGGGCUUCAACAGCAUUAAUUCCUUCAUGAAGAAUAUGGCGAGUCAGGCAGACAUACAAGGCAAAAAGCUUACAAACCACAGCACUCACAAAACCUUGGUGAAGAAGCUGAAAGCUGCAAACCAACUGCAGUGAGCAAUUAUUAGUGUGUGCCAAUGAGAGGUCCCUUGAAGAUUAUGAAGAAGGUGAUGAGAAUGAACAGUGAGACAUUUUUUCCAUCAUCAGUGCAGAGAGUGCAAUGGCACAAUUCAGCAGAGUUUGUCAACUGCUUGCAAAGAUUAGAUGCUGUAAACACAGCUGUGGUGAUCAUUUUCCUCUUCAAUGAUGAAAGGUUGGCGACCAUUGACCAUUUCCCUGGCUGUCAACUUUCUUUCUAGCCGCCGUAGAUGUUUAAAUCUACAUGUAAUUUUGAACAACUUUCAUUGAAGCAAACGGUUAAAGACUCAAAAACUUUGAUUCUUUCUUUAUAUGUUUUGGAAAUCUAUGUCGUUAAGAAUUUGAUUUUGGAUCAUGUGUAUAAAGCCCAUUAAAUACACGUGAUGAAAUAAAUGGAUGACGUUACAAAAAAAUGUACACAUGUAGAAGUAUGAACAAAUAAUAGCAUGAUUUGUGCAUGAUAUUUGUCAUAAAUAUUACUCAUGAUAUUUCAAAGUUGUCUCAAAUUUCACUCACCUAAUGGUUCGUGAAAAUACCAUAACAAUUUUGAAAUAUCACUCGUGGUAUGGUAUCAUUACAAAUCAUGCUAUUGCCUAUACUAAUUUACCAGUAAGUGGUAUAGUUAGCCUGAAUUUCAUCCGAUUACUUCGAGUCGUUAUUACUCCCUCAGUUGAGAGGAGAAAACGACUCGAAGCAAUCGGAUGAAUUUCAGGCUAUGGUAUAGUUGGCAUGUAAUUUUCCUGUUUUUACUUUUUUCAUUUAGGUAGUUAUUCCCAGAGGACCUAUUCAAGCCAAAGGACUGUUUAUUUCUUCCGUAAGAGACAAAAACCCAGUCAUCUUCCUUGAACCCAAGAUCCUUUACAGACAAGCAGUGGAAGAGGUCCCCGUUGCAGACUACGAGAUACCACUCUCAGAGGCUGAAAUACUUGAGGAAGGUGAGUCUAGGAUUUGAUUCAGUUGGUUGCAAUGCUCUAAGUACUAAGAAAGAAUUGGCCUUAAGGCAUUAGAAGAGGCUGUAGAAAACCUAAACACAUGAAAAUGCACAUCAAUAACGAUUCUAUCAAUUAUUUUUUCAAACCAUUCUGAAAAUUAUGAACUUGUACAAUUCUUUGUCGUUGUAUUGCCAACUUCGAUGUGAUACUUCCUAAUUUCAUGUUUUAUGAGGAUGUGAACACGAGAAAAUGGGAAAAAGUGAAGAACAGCUCACCCAAAAAACUGUCAGCCAACUGUCGGUCGACUGUUGGUCGACAGGUGGCCGACUGUCAUUUACCACCUUUUGCGAAAAUUUUCUGCCAACAGUUGGCUGACCGUUGGCUGUUUGUCGGCCAACUGUCGGCCGACUGUUGGCAGCAUGUCGGUAAUGUGUCAGCUAAGUGUCGGUUGAGAACGCCUGUUGAAUACCAGAAAAGCCUCUGCUCGCACUGGAACAACACAAAAUGGAACUUUUUCAUUUGAGUAAUAAUAAAUACUUAAUAUUACUCUUUCUGUAUUUAGAUACAGUCUUCCCGAACAAUUUUAAUUGCCAGCAUGAUUGACAAAUUGAACAAGAUGGAAUAAGAGAGAAGUUUGAAGCUGCACCAAUUCACAUUUUUAGUGAUGCUUUCCCUGCCAUCACCAUCGUAGAUGCUAAAGCUCCCUAAUUUUUAUCUGUUUUUUAUAACAAAUUAGUCUUUUUUUUGACAAAUCUGAUUUCAGGUUCUGAUGUGACAGUCGUUGGAUGGGGAACUCAGGUACAUGUUUUGCGUGAUGUCUGUAAGAUGGCAAAAGAUGAGCUUGGUAUCAGUUGUGAGCUGAUAGAUCUUCAAACAAUUCUCCCUUGGGAUGAAGAGACUGUCAUUAAGGUAUUAUUACAUCGCUGGAAUUUUUUACCCAACAGCGCACACUUCCAUUCAGUUGCUUCGAGGUCCUGUGGAAGCUAAUAUUAAAAUUGUUUCCCACCAAAACUUUCUGAGUGGGUGGAAUUGCAAAUUCUAUUAUGCUGUUACUUGCAAAUGUUGACUGCUUACUGAAAUUAAUAGACUAUUACUUGAAGAUACUAUCCCAAUGAAAACUCAUAGGAGAUAAAAGAGACAUCCUUUCAAAAACAAGAGAGGUAUCUGCAUAGUGGAUUUUGCCAACAGGCAAGUGAAUUCUGUUCUUCACUUGCCCAACAGGCCAGUGAACGAUUUUAGGGAAUCAAAUAAAAUUUAAUACUUUGAGAUGUGAAUUUCAAAUUCCUUGUAAAUUCAUGUGGACUGAUUUAGCCAUUUUUCAAACUCAUCUGACAAAGUGAUAUCUGUAAAAACAAGUAUCAAAACUAGUAUGGCACUACUUUAUGUCAGACUAGACGUUGUGUGAUCCACACAACCUUAGAAGUAAGGCACCUUAGCCUCCUAAAGCUUUUGUUAGAUCUUAGCUGACUGCAACGAUUUAAUAAGUCAAGUAAUUGAUUACCUAAUGGUGUAUUUAAUAAAUAAAUGGUGAUUAAUCAUUUAAUUAUUAAUCCUGCAUGUCAGAAACUUUUUCGUGCUAGUUAAAGUGCCUUGGGUAUUACACAAGUCAAUGUUGGUAUCAUUGCUUUCAUAAAUAAGAUGUGUUCCAUUGACCAAAUGUUUUUCUGUUUUAGUCUGUUCUAAAAACAGGAAAGCUUCUAAUAGCACACGAGGCUCCUUUAACUGGUGGAUUUGCUGCAGAAAUAAGCAGUACUGUACAGGUAAUCACUAUUGAUAUCAUGUAGUUUUCUUUUAACCGCAUGAUUUAACAUGAUAAAUGUUUUAGAGAUUUCAACAGUUUUAAUUUACUUGAAUUCAUUUACACCCGAAACGCUUGAAAACCACUAUGUAUGUACCACUAGUGAUGUCAUCAAUUUAAAUGUUCUUGAAAACAGUACUCUGAUGUACAAACUUGUGCAAGAGAAAGAAAUCUUCCCGAGCAUAGCUAAAUGAGGGCUACUUAGUUAAAAACGCCUGAGAUAACUGCAACAGACAACUUGGAUCAUUCCAAAAUGAAAUAUUCUAAGUAGCUCUGUUUUGGGACUGCUAAAAAAGGUUUUCGUAUCUCUUACUAGACUUUUUUUUUCUGGUGAGAGUGCUAAUUUUUCAAUGGAGUUUUGAUCUAAAUGUGUGAGUAGUUGAGUAUUCCUUUAUCCGUUGGUAGACAGUUUACCCAUAGUCGGCCAACUGAUUUUUGUGUGAGAUGUUCUUUUAUUUUCACGGCUUAAUUACUGUUGAGACUUGACACUCGCUUAGCGGCGAUGUUCCCUUUUCCAUCCUUACGACGGCUGUUUUCUCCAUGACUAACACGUUUUAAUUCUUUAUCUGUCGCAGGAACAUUGUUUCCUAAAUCUUGAAGCUCCCAUUCAACGUGUAUGUGGAUGGGACACACCCUUCCCUCAUAUCUUUGAACCAUUUUAUCUGCCGGACAAGUGGAGAUGUUUUGAAGCUCUGAAGAAAAUUACCAGCUUUUAAAAUUUAUAAUGAGAGUAACUCGACAUGAAUGAAUGCAAAACGAAAAGAACUUGACAUUUUCUAGUUGUUCUAAACAGUAACUGUUCUGGUGUUGUUGCGGAUUGAAUGAAGAAGAUGUUACACUUCGCCCAGGCAGAAAGAAACCUUCCAGGAAACUGUAGUAUAUGAAGACAUGUUUGUAUGGAAACAUUAUCUUCGUGUUCCUAAAGCAAAGUGAUGUGCAAAAUAACUCCAGGGACUAGUUGUAUAAAUCUGAUCAUCCGUCGUUACAUCUGACGUUGAAGUUUGGUGCAGUCUAACUCCUUAUUUUGAUGCUUAACGCCCCUGCUUACGGUGCCCAGUCACCUCGCCACCAACAAAUAUAUAUAUGUUGCUGUUAAUUUUUUUUAUCACAGGUAGUUUUUAAUUUGCUUUUGUUUCAACUUCAUUAGCGUACAUUACCUUACCCAAAAUUAAAGAAAAACAAAAAUUACCUGAGAUAAAAAAUUAACUACAACAUAUAUUUUGAUACCUAUCGAAAGGACAAUUCUCUAAAAGAAAAUUCCUUCACUUUGAAUUUACAUUGAAUUGAAGGAGUUAAGGUUCAAGUGACAAUGUAAGCCUACUUUCAAAAGAAAGGCUGUUAAAUUUUAAACAGACGAUACAGACUCCUUGGCGGCGAGAUGAUCGUAAACCGUGGUUACGUCUUGAUACGUCUGAUGGUUUGCACUUGCUAAGGAUGCCAAGAGUUUCAUAACAUGAAAAUGUUAUAAAUUAAUGUCAAUCGGCAGGUAGUCCUGAAACAAAAUUGAUCGAUUUGGGAUAAAUAAUUUUGCCUUUCAGGUUUUGUGGCGUAGAUUACAGGUGUAAAUUGUUAGAGUAGCAGUUUGUUUUGACUGUACAUUCGCGCCGUAUAUUUACUUUAAUAACAAGUGAAUGUCUAUUCUUAGCUAUAAACCCGCUGGUUGAAAUUUUUUCUAACUCACCUAAUACAAAAUGAGUGUUAUAGAAUUCGUUUCUCUGCAUUAAGGACAUGUUACAUGUAAAACUACCGAUGCGAUUCAAUUCCAAGGGAACAGACAGCAAAUUGUUGUUGCUCGCAAUAUCUAUUAUGUCGUAGCCUGUUCCAGGCUCCGAGAUUGUCGGGUCCGCCGAAUUGAGAAAGUGCGAACACCAAAAUAAAACGGGAGGAAACUGGGGAGAACGCGGGCGGCGGAGCCUGUAAUCAUUUUUUAAACGUCCCGUCCCGGUAUACCAGCUCCUGGUAUACCCUCUGAUUGGUCAGAUUUGACAGAUUAUAUCAACACUCUCAAAGCGGGUCGUUCCUGUCACUCAGAAAGAUGGCGUGCGGCGUCCACGCGCGUGAAAUAGAGGAAUCUACGAUGACUUCUGUGUUGAACGAAUGUUUACGAGAUUUCCUUACACGUGGGAGCGCUGAGGAAGGAACAGAAGACCUGCCUUGUGAACUAGCAAGAAACCAUCACAUUCACGCAUAAAAGAUUCUGUUGCCUACCGACCCGCUUUUUACACUCCAGAUUGCUCACGCUCGCAUAAGAGAUUACCGCCGCGCGAAAUAAUCUCGCGAGAUAUUUGAGAAAGAUUCCAACUCAUUGACAUUUCAAAAGUUUGACAGCCGAAAUCUAAUUAUCUCAAACGUGCC